AUGCAAUUUACAAUCCUAACAUUGUUGCUAACCCUCUUUGUUUCUAGCUUGGUUAGGGCUAAUGAUCCAGAUUUAGACCAGUCAAUACUUGAUGCUGAAAUGAAUAUCUUGUUGAGUGAUUUCACCAAUAAUGAAAUAUCCUACGUUUCUUAUAUUUAUAUGAAUGCCCCAUCACUUGGUGCAAUGUUAUACAGUUACCAAGAAAUAUAUGAAACCAACAAACAAGCAACAUAUACUGAUAUUAAUUUAUCGGAAUUUUCUGCAAUGGUUCAACCAAUGCCAAUGUACACCGUGAGAGUAAGUGAGCAAUUAGAACAAGCUGUGGCAAGUGUUGAACGUACUUAUGUGUCACCCUUUUCUUUACCAACUGCAUACACCACUACAGUUGUUGAGGGUGCUUCUACUGUUUCUGAAGUUAUUUCUUUUAUUUCCACAAAUGUUAACGGAUUACCAGCUACACAAACUACUACUUCCACUAUUCCACCACCAUUUUCUUUACCAUCAGCAUACACCACAACUAUUGCUGAUGGUGCUUCUACUGUUUCUGAAGUUAUCUCUUUUAUUUCCACAAAUAUGAACGGAUUACCAGCCACUCAGACUACCACCUCUGUUAUUCCACCAGCAUACUCACAACCUGCUGUCUAUAACACCACAUUCGUUUAUGAAAAUACCACUGUCACAGGUCUUAUUUCCUUCUCUCCAAAAAUCGGUGCCAGUGGUCAGACAAUAACCGCCACAGCAACAUCAUUAUUUCCAGUGUUGAGGAUGCGUACAGUUACCACCACCGUGUGGGAACCUUUCACCUCCACCAUGUUUACCACGGAUUCUCCAAUGACGAUUAAUUCUACUGUAUGGAUCACUACGACAAUUAAAAAUACCGUUGAUGAACCAGUAACCCUCCGCAUCUAA